CUCACUUUUCGCGACGUCAUAACCAGUCGCCGGAAAUGACGCUGACACACCGUCCUGUGUGAUGCCAUGGCUGGACUCUUGAAAAAGACAACCGGCCUGGUUGGCCUGGCAGUGUCCCAAAAUCCACAUGAGCGAUUGAGGGUUCUUUACUCCAAAAUCCUGGCAUCGCUGCAGACCAUGCCGCAAGACGCUGCCUACAGGAAGUAUACGGAACAGUUGGUCAAUGAGAGGUUUAGCCACAUCAAAACGGAGUCUGAUGUUGAGAAUUUGGAAAAGAAGAUCAAUGGUGGACAGAUUGAAGAGGUCAUUUUCCAGGCAGAGUGUGAGCUGGCUCUGUCAAGAAAAAUGGCCGAGUGGAAACCAUGGGAACCGCUGAUUGAGGAGGCUCCUCCCAACCAGUGGAAAUGGCCCAUCUGAAAACAUUUGUGAAUAUUACUGGUCAUUAUUAAUAAAAUAGUUCCCCUUA